AUGUCCGGUUCAUUUUGGAAGUUUGGUCAAAACUACGCGACAGAAUCACCGCUGUCGAAAUUGCUGAAUAGAGCCUUCGUUAAGGUAAACGAUAACGAAGUUGAGAAGGAUGAAAACAACAGUAAUGAGACACCAAAUGAAAACUCCGUGGAAGCUAAAGACACUCGCUUGGAAAUCUCUGAAAAGUCAGAUGAGGGUGUAAAUGUUGAUGAGGGAAGUGAAAAAUCCACAUUCUCGGCACCCGACUCUGAGUCGGAGAGUAAGGACUAUAAGCCGAACUUGGAGGUUCUCGAUGAUUUAUUGGACGACGAAGAGCUUUAUACAGAGCUAAUGUGCUCGAACUUCAAACUGUUGAUAUUCUUUAAAUACCCAGAAGUGCUUUCAAAGUUGGUUGAAUAUGUUACCAAUGAACACGUAUUGAACGAAAACUUAGAAGAGUCAAGUGAUAAUGAGGACGGUGAAAGUAUUGAGAAAGUAAAAUCGAAUGUCGAUGAAGACGAAUAUACCAUGGACAAGAAGCAAGAAGAGAAGGAAACAGUUUCUGAUCAAAUGUCGGUAUCAUCGGCAGAAACUAGCAUUACGCUUCCUCCAGAAUCUGAGGAGCAAGUUGAAUCUCGGCGGGCACGCAUGGCAGCAGAAAUAUUAUCUGCUGACGUUUGGCCUAUUUCAUCUGCAUUCAUGGACCAUGAGGAGUUACUUGCCAGAUUAUGGUCCAUGUUGGAUCACCCAGCACCGCUCUCAAUCGUUGCAUCCACAUAUUUCAUGAAGAUUAAUGAGCGCCUGUUAGAUAUGGAUAUUGCUGGGAUGUUGCAUUUUAUCCUUGCACAAGAGAACCUUGUUGAUAGAUUUUUGAAGCACAUUGACAAUCCUCCAUUGAUGGACUUUCUCCUCAAAGUAAUUUCGACCGAUAAACCAGAUACCCCCACCGGUGUUAUCGAGCAACUUAAGCGUCAGGCCCUGAUUUCUAAACUUUUGGAUCACUUAGGUCCUGAAUACUCUUCGUCCACUAAGUCCGCGGCAGGAGACUUUCUCAAGGCGCUUAUAACUAUCAGCGCAAAUUCAAAUAACGAGAUUGCAUCAGCAAUAGGUCCAAACGAGCUUACAAGAGAGUUGGUCUCAUCUCCAAUGGUCGAGAAAUUAAUGACUAUCAUGUUGCAUGGAGAUACCUCACUAAGUAAUGGUGUUGGUAUUAUUAUUGAGUUGAUCAGAAAGAAUAACUCUGAUUACGAUUUUGUUCAGGUAAUGUACACUACUUUGGAAACUCAUCCUCCCAAUGAUAGGGAUCCUAUUUACUUGGGGUACCUAGUGAAGUCUGCCUCAAAGCAUUUGCCUGACUUUAACGAGAUGCUAGUUGAAACUGUUUUGCCACCCCUAGAGACUCCUUUUGGGUCAAUUGAACCACUUGGAUUUGAGAGAUUCAAAAUUUGUGAGCUGGUGGCUGAAUUACUUCAUUGUUCAAACAUGACAUUAUUAAACGAACCUAACGGGGAAGAGAUUGUUUGUGAGAGGGAUGACGUUAGACAAAAGACGCUCCAGCAGGAAAGAAGUGAACGAAUGGGGAACGAGGUAGCCGAAAAUCACUUAGACGCUGGUGAAGAAGUUACAACUAAAAUGGCAGAGCUCAAACUAGCUACGACAGAUUCUGGUCAGAGCAGUGGGGAUGAGAGCGUGCACGCUACCAACGAUUCAGAGAACGCUGGAACGGAGAUUCACUCUGAAGACUCUUCAGAUUGUGAGGUAUCUGAGAAGUCGCUUCGUGAUAAUCCAGUAGUGGGCGACGAACUUAAGAUUGCUCUUCAAGAUAACCGAAUUAUAACGACCAUUUUGGAAAUGUUUUUCAGGUUUCCAUGGAAUAAUUUUCUCCACAACGUGGUUUUCGAUAUUGUGCAGCAAAUUUUUAACGGCCCACUCAAAACUGGUUUUAAUCGCUUUUUGAUAGCCGAUUUGUUCACUGGAGCGCAUAUCACCCAAAUGAUAAUGGAAGGCGAUCAAAAGUGUGAGGACUAUGAGAACGAAACUGGACUGAGGUUGGGUUACAUGGGGCAUUUGACUUUAAUUGCAGAGGAAGUAGCCAAAUUUGCUGCUUAUAUUGAAGAAAUGAAGAUAACGUUUAGUAAUUCGGCCAUUUGGGAAAAUUUGAAUGACGCAACUUGGAAGGAAUACACGGAAACAGUUCUAGCAGAUACGAGAGAAAAUUACAGUACUGUUUUAGGCGAUUUUGGUGAGGACGAUGAAGACGAUGAUCACGAGGACAUAGAAGAUGAGGAUGAAGAAGGCGACUCCAAAGAGUCUGUUCUUGGCUCGUCUGACAUGGGAGCAUAUAGAGAUUUUGACAGAGACCAAGAUAAUGACGACGACUACGCUGAAUACAGUGAUGUCGACAAUCCUCGGUAUUACGAAUAUGAAGAUGGGCAAGGUAACAAAACUAAGGUACAUUUGAACACAGACAUGGACUACGAUGUUGGGGUAGGAGCACUAACUCAUGAUACUGAGGGCAAGACCCAAGAAAGCGUUGAAAAUGAUGGAGAGAGAGCGAAUAAAUUUAGUAGCUAUAUGUCUCAUCAGCUAGCCAAAGACUAUAGCACAUCUUCCUCGUCGGAUGACGAUGAGGAAGAAGACGCAUGGACAUCACCAAGCCCCAACAAUUUCCAACCUCAAACACAUCAGAAAUCAGCUACUGCCCCCACCGUUGACAACUAUACACAAAACGACGUCUUUCAAUCUCCUCAGUUUGGUUUACAAGAUGACGACGAUGACUAUAUGGAUCCGAAUGAUGACGGGCAAUCAUAUGCAAAACCAAAUCACCCGUUAUAUAAUCAUAUCGUGUCUCAAAGCCAGCCCAACAGUCACUCAUAUUUUGACCAAAAGCAAGUAAUAGUGGAUGAUGAAGACAGUGACGAAGAUAGCGAUAAAGAAGACGAAGCCGAUGAAGACGACCAAUAUUCCUUGUGCAGGACAUCUAGUAAGGAUAACAUGGCGUGGGAUUGUACGGAACAGAAUAGAAUAAUUAGUAUAGCCAACUUCAGGCAAAACCAACAGGGGCGAGAAGAGCAAUAA